AUGGCUCGUGUUGCCGCUCUCGCCCUUUCCGCCGGCGGCCUCGCCUUUGUGGUCCCCCGAAGCUCCACUUCCACCUCCUCCCUGCGCGGCGUCUCCGUCUCCGCCCCUGCGGCUGAGCCUACCUCCAGCGCCUCCUGGGGAGCGGCCGCAGCCACAGCGACAGCGGCACUUGGCCUGGCAGCUGCGUCAGCAACGAGUGCCACGCGCCGCACGGCACGCAAGGCCGUGGGCGUUUGCCUGCCGCUGACGGACAAGUUCGAUCCCCUCAACUUGGCCAGCACCGAUGAGAAGUUGGAACGCUACACUCAGGUGGAGAUCAAGCACGGACGAGUGGCAAUGAUCGCCGUGGUGGGGUACAUCAUGCCGGAGAUCUUCCGCUUCCCGGGAUGCGAGUCCUUCCAGCACGGGCUCGCGGCUUUGGAGUCCAUCCCCCUGGAGGGCUGGGUGCAGCUGGUGGCACUGGUGGGCGCACAUGAGGUGCUGGUGAAGCCCCGCGCGGGUGGUCUCGGGAGCUCGGACUUCGGCCUGGGCACCGAGCUGAUCGACGGCAUCGACGAGGCGGAGCUCGAGCGCAAGCAGACCUCCGAGCGGAACAACGGCAGGUUGGCCAUGGUGGCGAUCAUGGGCCUCAUGGUGCAGGAUGGCAUGUUUGGCGAGCCACCCCUGAGCUACAUGUCCAAGUACGGCUGGUGGGGCGAGCCCGUGCAGUGGUAUGUGCAGCACCUGAACAACUGCCAGUCCUUCUCCGGCAGUUUCGUGGACAACGCUGGGGUCUGCGCCCUGCCCAGCCGCGGCGGGCGCACGGCGCUGCGGGCCACCAAGCUCUCCGAGGGGCCCUUCAUUGAGACGGAGACCUACCCGGCACCCAAGGAGAUGGAGAUGUCCGCGGCCGUGCCCUUCCUGCGAUACCCCCAGGUGCUCAAGGGCUGGGUGGGCGAGGAGAAGGGCUUCGACCCCCUGGGCGUCACGGACGCCCUGCCGGUCUACUGGGUCCGCGAGGCGGAGCUCAAGCACGGCCGCGUCUGCAUGCUGGCCACGGUGGGCUGGAUCGCCACCGACCUGGGCAUGCGAUUCCCUGGAGACCAGUUCCAGUCCGUGCAGACCACCCUGGAGGCCCACGACAAGAUGGUGGAGGCGGGACUCAUGGCUCCCUUCCUGGGCGCCGUGGGUACCUUUGAGCUCUACUCCCUUUGGCUCUUCUUCAAGGGCUGGGAGAUGGAGGUGAACCGCGACGCCGGGGACUUCUUCCUGGGCAAGCAGUUCUUGCCCAAGGAGCCCGCCAAGGAGAAGGACAUGCGGCUGAAGGAGCUGGAGAACGGCCGUCUCGCCAUGUUCGCCUUUAGCGGCAUUGUGACUCAGGCGGCCAUGACCGGACAGGCGAGCCUGGAGCUGAGUCGGAGCUCGGCGUUGGCGCCCCAAGGCAAUGCGGUGCAGCAGUGCAAGCCGCUGCAAGCUGAUACUUUGGCGAGUGAAGUGAGCUAUGAAAAUGCCAAGGAUCCCUUGAUUCAGGUGACCGUGCAGCGGCCUGAGAGAUUGGAGGGAAGGCCGGUCUUCAGCGCUGCGGAGGUGCAGUCGAAGCUGGAGGCCAUUCUGGCGAGCACCAACCGACAGGUGGCGGCCAGGAGCGCCUUGCUCUGCUCUGAGCUGGUGGAGGCGACGAAAACUUCCGGGCAGAACGACUCCUUUCAGAUGACUCAGCUGCGGGAGAUUUCCAGCCCCCGCGCAUCCAGCCCUCUCAGGGCAGAUCCAGGCUUCUUUGGGGACCACUUCGCCCGGGAAGGCGAAGAGGCGGCGCGGCAAGCGCGGCUUCAGCAGCCGCACCUGGACCAUCAGCACACCGAGCGCCGCUGGGAGCGAACCAACGAUCGGGACUGCGAGUGGAUCCUGAGGACGGCCCUGAACAUCAGGGACCAGGUCAUCCAGCGCCGCAUGGCAGGGAGCCCAAGAGAAGUGGGGCGGAUCUGGAAGCCUCCGGCGGAGGCGGACAAGGUUGUCCUGGACCCCGAGAUGGAGAAGAUUCAGACGCAUUUGCGGCCUUUGGCCCAGACGCUGGGCUGCAAGUUGGGCAGGUCCACAGUUCUUGCUGAGGCUCUCGUGCCGUCCAGCGCUGGGCGGCAGAUUCUGAGCUCUGGGAAUUUGGCGAGUCAGAUCGGCAGCUGGCUUCCUCCCCAGCGCCUCCUGGGCUUUCGUCGCAUCCACCGGGGCACCCGGGACGCCGUGCAAGCGCUGCUGGCGACUCACGAAGCGAUACGCAAGGAGCUUGAUGAGGUUCUGAGAUCGGCGCUGGGGCAGUGCGACAACCGCGUCUGGGUUGGAAUUCGCGUCCGCCCCAAUGCGAAUGAGAACUCUACUCUGCAAGUGGAGAAGAAGUGCGUCACCCAGCAGCUUGGAAGUACCAGCGCGACCUUCUUCUUUGACCAGGUCUUUGGAGAGUCCGCCAGGCAGGCGGACGUUUGGAGCAGCAUCCAGGGGCCCAUCAUGCGAAGCCUCCUGCGAAAGGAGCACGUUUGUCUGUUCGCCUACGGGCAGACGGGCUCCGGGAAGACCCACACAGUCUUCGGGGAUCCCAGCAGCGCCGAAACGGCGGGCAUCGCCUUCCGAAUCACCGGGUGCCUCAGCAAGGUCCUCCAGCACACGGCGGAUCCUGAGGCGGAGGAGGAGCCACACGUAGAGUUCAGCUUCCUGGAGGUCUACAACGAGAAGGUCCACGACCUGUUGGCCAACUCCAAGCUUUGUCACCUGGCAGGCGAGCGCGAGGAGCUGGCGCCGGGCAGUCAAUUCAAAGCCCCGACGCUCUCCGCGGAGGAGCGGGUGGUGGUCCGGGGGCUCACACGCAGGACACUGUGCGGAUGCCCACUGACGGUGCGAAAACUCGCCAAGCAAACGCCGCAGGAGGUGCUCACAGCAAAGGAGUUCGCCGAGUGGGCGGAGGACCAGUUGGCGCGGCAAAUGGUGAGGGCCCAAAUGGCCACCUGGCCCUGCCCCGGGGGCGCCGCCGUCUGUGCCCCCAACUGGGUGGAGGCCCUGCGUCGCUUGGUGGCUGAGCGCCUGCAGGUAAAGAACUUCCGCACGGUGAUGUUGGUCUGCGGCAAUCGCGUGCUGGAGGAUGGCUGGGAGCCGACCUACAAGGAGUCCCUGGUGGCGGUGCUGCGCCCCUUCCUGGUCCCCGAGGCUGUCGGCGCUUUGGCCACCGAGAUCUUGGCCGCCGCGCACGCCGGCAACACCCAGGAGACGGUUCGGCUGCUGGAGUUGCCCUUGGACCCAGACACCAGCAACGACCAGGGCCGCGCAGCUCUGCACGCAGCAGCGGAGCGAGGCCAUCUUGAAGUGGCACGCUGCUUGCUGGAUGUCAGCGCUGAUGUGAACAAGGCGGACAACCAUGGGGAGUCGCCUAUGUACCACGCGGCGGUGUCGGAUCACGCAGCAAUGCUUCAGUACCUGCUGACCGCCCGAGCCGAGAUCUUGAAGGCCAACGACCCCAACCAGACACCCAUGUUGCAUGCGGCGGCCGGGCGCGGAAACCUCACAGUGGUGCGUAUUCUGCUGGAGGCAGGCGCCGAGAAGGACAAGGCGGACUAUUUCGGCUACACACCUAUGCACGGUGCUGCCCUGAGCGGGCAGUUGGAGGUGGUACGUGCCUUGUUGGAAGCCGGGGCUGACAAGGACAAGGCCAAUUACGUCCCGGAGGCAUCGCACGAGCACACAGGUUUGCACGAGCCCAACGGUGACUUCGACAUUGUGCGUUGGCUGGUGGAGCACGGGCAUACGCCGAUGCACGCAGCGGCCACCUAUGGCCACUGGAGGGUGGUUCACUACUUGCUGGAGGCCGGCGCAGAGAAGGAUCCCGGCAACUGCGUGGGGCGGACACCCAUGCAUCUGGCGUGCGGCGCCGGCUUCCUUGAUGUGGUGAAGGUCCUGCUGAGGGCCAGCGCUGACAAGGAUAAGACCGACAGCUCCGGGCGCUCGCCACUCAUGGUGGCAGCCAUCAAUGGCCGUGUGGAGGUGGUGAAGUGUCUGCUGGGGGCUGGAGCGGACAAGAGCUUGGCAGACCACAAGUUGGAGACGCCCAUGUACCAUGCUGCUAUGGCAAAUCACACAGAAGUUGUACGUCUCUUUGCGAAAACCACGGCAGACAUCGAGGAGCACAAGGCCCUUUCAGCACCAAUCCUGCAUGCGGUGGCAGGAGAAGGGAACCUGGAAGUUGUGCGCUUCUUGGUUGAACUGGGCAUGGACAAAGACGAGCACGACAACUUCGGAUGCGCUCCGAUGCAUUUCGCGGCGCUGAAUGGAAAGUUGGAGGUGGUGCGCUAUUUGCUGGAGGUCGGCGCCGAGCGAGACAAGGCCAACCACGAUCUGGCGGAACGACCGCCGGAUGAAGAGCCUGAGCCCAGCGAUAACUAUGACAUUGUGCGAUGGUAUGUGGAAGACCAGCACACCCCGCUGCACGCUGCUGCUUCAUUCGGGCACCUAAGAGUGGUGAGGUAUUUGCUGGAAGCCGGGGUACGCAAGGAUCCGGGGAACUACGUGGGCCGAACCCCACUCCAUCUUGCCUGCGGCGGCGGCUUCCCGGACACGGUGCGCUGUUUGCUGACAGCAAGGGCUGACAAGGAUAAGCCCGACACCUUCGGGCGCACACCGCUGGUGGUUGCAGCCAUUAAGGGCCAGGUGGAGGUGGUGAGGAUCUUGCUGGAGUUUGGGGCGGACAAGAGCAAUGCAAUCAGCGCGUGGCUGGCAGAGGGCGCCGCCUCGCGCAUCGUGGGGCGCACCGCCUUCAAUGCGCGGUCCAGCCGCUCCCAUGCCGUCGCCACUAUCCACAUUUGCUGGAACGAUCCUCAGAAGCGAGCCAUGGCUCGUGUUGCCGCUCUCGCCCUUUCCGCCGGCGGCCUCGCCUUUGUGGUCCCCCGAAGCUCCACUUCCACCUCCUCCCUGCGCGGCGUCUCCGUCUCCGCCCCUGCGGCUGAGCCUACCUCCAGCGCCUCCUGGGGAGCGGCCGCAGCCACGGCGACAGCGGCACUUGGCCUGGCAGCUGCGUCAGCAACGAGCGCCACACGCCGCACGGCACGCAAGGCCGUGGGCGUUUGCCUGCCGCUGACGGACAAGUUCGAUCCCCUCAACUUGGCCAGCACCGAUGAGAAGUUGGAACGCUACACUCAGGUAGAGAUCAAGCACGGACGAGUGGCUAUGAUCGCCGUGGUGGGGUACAUCAUGCCGGAGAUCUUCCGCUUCCCCGGAUGCGAGUCCUUCCAGCACGGGCUCGCGGCUUUGGAGUCCAUCCCCCUGGAGGGCUGGGUGCAGCUGGUGGCCCUGGUGGGCGCGCAUGAGGUGCUGGUGAAGCCCCGCGCGGGCGGUCUCGGGAGCUCGGACUUCGGCCUGGGCACCGAGCUGAUCGACGGCAUCGACGAGGCGGAGCUCGAGCGCAAGCAGACCUCCGAGAGGAACAACGGCAGGCUUGCGAUGGUGGCCAUCAUGGGGCUCAUGGUGCAGGACGGGAUGUUCGGAGAGCCGCCGCUGAGCUACAUGUCCAAGUAUGGCUGGUGGGGCGAGCCCGUGCAGUGGUACGUGCAGCAUUUGAACAACUGCCAGUCCUUCUCCGGCAGCUUCGUGGACAACGCCGGGGUCUGCGCCCUGCCCAGCCGCGGCGGGCGCACGGCGCUGCGGGCCACCAAGCUCUCCGAGGGGCCCUUCAUUGAGACGGAGACCUACCCCGCACCCAAGGAGAUGGAGAUGUCCGCGGCGGUUCCCUUCCUGAGAUACCCUCAGGUGCUCAAGGGCUGGGUGGGCGAGGAGAAGGGCUUCGACCCCCUGGGCGUCACGGACGCCCUGCCGGUCUACUGGGUCCGCGAGGCGGAGCUCAAGCACGGCCGCGUCUGCAUGCUGGCCACGGUGGGCUGGAUCGCCACCGACCUGGGCAUGCGAUUCCCUGGGGACCAGUUCCAGUCCGUGCAGACCACCCUGGAGGCCCACGACAAGAUGGUGGAGGCGGGACUCAUGGCUCCCUUCCUGGGCGCCGUGGGCACCUUUGAGCUCUACUCCCUUUGGCUCUUCUUCAAGGGCUGGGAGAUGGAGGUGAACCGGGACGCCGGAGACUUCUUCCUGGGCAAGCAAUUCUUGCCCAAGGAGCCCGCCAAGGAGAAGGACAUGCGUCUCAAGGAGCUGGAGAACGGGCGCCUGGCCAUGUUCGCCUUCAGCGGCAUCGUGACUCAGGCGGCCAUGACCGGACAGGCUUGGCCCUUCAUGUGA